UGUGUUCCUCUCGCCCUGUCAAUAAUCUCCGCUCCCAGACUACUCCGUUCCUCCGGAUUUCGAUCCCCCUUUUUCUAUCUGUCAAUCAGCGCCGCCUUUGAACUGAAAAGCUCUCAGUCUAACUUCAACUCACUCAAAUCCGAGCGGCACGAGCUCCUCCUGUAUCUUCGGCUUCCCCCCCCCUUUGCUCUUUAUAUCUGACUUCUUGUUGUUGGUGGUGUGUUUUUUUUACCCCCCCUUUUUUUAUUUAUUAUUUUUUUGCACAUUGAUCGGAUCCUUGGGAACGAGAGAAAAAAGAAACCCAAACUCACGCGUGCAGAAGAUCUCCCCCCCCUUCCCCUCCCCUCCUCCCUCUUUCCCCUCCCCAGGAGAAAAAGACCCCAAAGCAGAAAAAAAGUUCACCUUGGACUCGUCUUUUUCUUGCAAUUUUUUUUUGGGGGGGGCAAAACUUUUUUGGGUUUUUUUUUUUUUUUUUUGGCUUUUCUUCCUACUUCAUUUUUCUUCCAAAAUUGCUGCUGGUGGGUGAAAAAAAAUGCCGCAGCUGAACGGCGGUGGAGGAGAUGACCUAGGCGCCAACGACGAACUGAUUUCCUUCAAAGACGAGGGCGAGCAGGAGGAGAAGAGCUCCGAAAACUCCUCGGCGGAGAGGGAUUUAGCUGAUGUCAAAUCGUCUCUAGUCAAUGAAUCAGAAACGAAUCAAAACAGCUCCUCCGAUUCCGAGGCGGAAAGACGGCCUCCGCCUCGCUCCGAAAGUUUCCGAGAUAAAUCCCGGGAAAGUUUGGAAGAAGCGGCCAAGAGGCAAGAUGGAGGGCUCUUUAAGGGGCCACCGUAUCCCGGCUACCCCUUCAUCAUGAUCCCCGACCUGACGAGCCCCUACCUCCCCAACGGAUCGCUCUCGCCCACCGCCCGAACUCUCCAUUUUCAGUCCGGGAGCACACAUUACUCUGCGUACAAAACGAUUGAACACCAGAUUGCAAUUCAGAAAUGCGCCUUCUCUCCUGGCAUUCCCUGGCCACCUUCCCCGAGUCCCUGUCAGAGCCUCGCCACGUUCUGUCCUGACUUACCUGUGUAUCUUCAGAUGAAAUGGCCACUGCUUGAUGUCCAGGCGGGGACCCUCCAGAGCAGACAAGCCCUCAAGGAUGCUCGCUCUCCAUCGCCAGCCCACAUCGUUCAGUGCCCCCUCCCUUGCUGCACUCAGGGACAUGACUGUCAGCACUUCUACCCCCCCUCAGACUUCACUGUCAGCACUCAAGUCUUCAGGGACAUGAAAAGGAGCCACUCCUUACAAAAGGUUGGGGAGCCCUGGUGUUUGGAGUCGAACAAAGUGCCGGUUGUGCAGCACCCGCAUCAUGUCCACCCUCUCACGCCUCUUAUCACGUACAGCAAUGAACACUUCACGCCGGGAAACCCACCUCCACACUUACCAGCUGACGUAGACCCCAAAACAGGAAUCCCACGGCCUCCGCACCCUCCAGAUAUAUCUCCAUACUACCCACUGUCACCUGGCACCGUAGGACAAAUCCCCCAUCCGCUAGGAUGGUUAGUACCACAGCAAGGUCAGCCCGUGUACCCCAUCACGACAGGAGGAUUCCGUCACCCCUACCCCACAGCUCUGACUGUCAACGCUUCCAUGUCCAGCUUUCUGUCUUCUAGGUUCCCUCCCCAUAUGGUCCCACCACAUCACACUCUACACACGACCGGCAUUCCCCACCCGGCCAUAGUCACGCCGACUGUCAAACAGGAAUCCUCUCAGAGUGAAGUCGGCUCACUCCACAGCGCAAAGCAUCAGGACUCCAAAAAGGAAGAAGAAAAGAAGAAGCCCCACAUAAAGAAGCCUCUUAAUGCAUUCAUGUUGUAUAUGAAGGAAAUGAGAGCAAAGGUUGUAGCUGAGUGCACGUUGAAAGAAAGUGCAGCCAUCAACCAGAUCCUGGGCCGGAGGUGGCACGCACUUUCCCGAGAAGAGCAAGCAAAGUACUAUGAGCUGGCCCGGAAGGAGCGACAGCUUCACAUGCAGCUGUACCCCGGCUGGUCUGCACGGGAUAACUAUGGGAAAAAGAAGAAGAGGAAAAGGGACAAGCAGCCCGGGGAGACCAAUGAACACAGCGAAUGUUUCCUAAAUCCUUGCCUUUCACUUCCUCCGAUUACAGACCUGAGCGCUCCUAAGAAAUGCCGAGCGCGCUUUGGCCUUGAUCAACAGAAUAACUGGUGCGGCCCUUGCAGGAGAAAAAAAAAGUGCGUUCGCUACAUACAAGGUGAAGGCAGCUGCCUCAGUCCACCCUCUUCAGAUGGAAGCUUACUAGACUCGCCUCCUUCCUCCCCCAACCUGCUAGGCUCCCCCCCCCAGGACGCCAAGUCACAGACUGAGCAGACCCAGCCUCUCUCGCUGUCCCUGAAGCCCGACCCCCUGGCCCACCUGUCCAUGAUGCCUCCGCCGCCUGCCCUCCUGCUUGCCGAGGCCGCCCACGGCAAGGCCCCUGCCCUCUGUGCCAACGGGGCCCUGGACCUGCCUCCCGCCGCUCUGCAGCCGCCUGCCAUCCCCCCCGCAUCUCUGGCACAGCCGUCGACAUCUUCCUUACAUUCCCACGGCGCUCUGGCCGGGACCCAGCCCCAGCCACUGUCCCUCGUCACCAAGUCUUUAGAAUAGCUUUACCCUCCUCAGCCCCGGGUGCUUUGUGGAGUGUUUUCCUCUUGCUUUUUCUUUAUUUCCAGUUCCGCCCCACCCCGCCCCCACCCUCCUGCCCGGUUUUCGUGUUGUCCUCUUCCGUUUGUGCCACGUGGCUACAUUAGUUAAUGUUUAUCGAGUUCAUUGGUCAAUAUUUGACCCAUUCUUAUUUCAAUUUCUCCUUUAAAUAUGUAGAUGAGAGAAGAACCUCAUGAUUCUACCAAAAUUUUUAUCAACAGCUGUUUAAAGUCUUUGUAGCGUUUAAAAUAUAUAUAUAUAUACAUAACUGUUAUGUAGUUCGGAUAGCUUAGUUUUAAAAGACUGAUUAAAAAACAAAAAGAAGAAAAAAAAAAGCAAUUUUGAAGCAGCCCUCCAAAAGGAGUUGGUUCUGUAUUAUUUGUAUUAAAUACGAGCUUGCGAACCAAUCAUUUUACAUCUGGUUUUUAAACCAUAAGGGCACAAGGAAUGCAGUGCCAUUUACUUUUUUUUUUUUUUUCUGUGUGAAACAACUUUUAUUGUGAUGUUACUUGUUAUUGUUUAAAUGUACAGAAACAAAGGGUUAAAAAUGUGUUAAUAUACCUUGUUCCAUGGUGUUGUUCUUUUGGGGGGAGGGGGUUGCUAUUCAACAAUUAAUGGAAUCACAUUGCUGUUGGACCAGUAGUAUUUAUUGCUUUAGAGAUUGCUCGUCGAACCUGUACGUUGUCCCUUUUAAAAUAUGUUUUCCUUUUUCUUGAAACUGUAUAAAGUUUUUUUCCCCUUAGCAUAAGCAUCUUAUAUAUAACAACUCAUUUGUACAAGGUUUUUAAGUUUAUAUAUAAAAUGUGUAUAUAUAUAUUUUUUGUUUCCCUUUUGGACUUUUUUUUUUUUUUUUUUUUUUUUUUUUGCCGUAUGAAACCCAGAUACCGCCAAAUGGACAUUAAUAGUUGCAUUAAAGGAUCAGUAGCAUUAACAAAAGUUGCUUUAAAAGCCAUUAUGUAAAACAAGACUUGAACAUUAGUGAGGGGAUCUUACACGCUGUACCAGCAGCAGUGGGGAUUGUCCCGUUUCCCCUGUGAACUCACAGGCGAGCACCCUGCACCCUGAGGACAUGGACUGACCGUGUGCAAAACUUUAUGUGCCAAAAUUCUCAGUGACUUUAGCUUUCUCCCUCUUUUUGAUGCUGUAAUUUUCGUUCAUCAUGUUUUGCUGUGAUGUUACAUAGGUAGAUUUGUAUGUAGUUUUAAUGUCACCUAUAACAAGACGUGUUUGGUAGCAGAUUGUCCAGAAAGCAUUUUAAAUGAAGAGGUAUAAACCCUUAAGGGCCAAAAAUUCUGUAUAUUAGAUUACUCUUAAAGGAAAAACCAGCUGCCGCUUUUAUGUACCCGUAUGACAUACAAGUAGGUAGCAAACUUUAAAAAUAAAAAAAAAAAUCUAGGCAUGUUGAUGUUACAAAAUGCUGUAUAAAGCUAAACCUGUUCAUUCAGUGCCAUUGUAGUUGACAUGAAGCGAUUGUAAAACUGUCUCCGGUUUUUCUCUGGUUUAUUAAAAUGCUAACUAUAACAUUUUUUUGUGAAUACUUUGAAUGUUUCCUAACAAUUGUGAUGUUACUGUUCCGUUUUAUGCUCUUAUUCCAAUUUCAUUUUUAAUGGUUUGGAAGCCAUUUUUGUAAUGAAUAAAUGUUCAUGCUGUACAGUAUCUGUAGCAUGCCAUUCUGGAUUAAUAAAAGCAACUUAGUAUGUGCAGAUAAA